UUUCAGUGUUUCCAGGGACUUCAUUUCUUCUAGGUCACUUCGAGCUCCAGAAUAAAUCCAUAGUUCCAGAAACCCCGAGAAGCACCUCCCCAAACUAAGAAGCCAGCUGCAAACUGCAAAGCAACUGAGAAUGGAGCUGCACCGGUAUGGAAGCUGUAGCAACACUUAAAAAGCACGAAAAUAUCGCCAGAGCAAGCCUUUCCCAGGGAGGCCGUGUCGUUGCAAAGCUGUACCAAGGCGGCUUUCACUUCCUCCUUCUACCCGCAGAACUGCACUGAGCACGUAAGGUCCAGAGAGAUGCUAUUUGGGACAAAGGGCCAACCGUAAGGCUGUGGAGAGAAAACAUAAAUCUGCAGCUGUCUGGGUGUCCCUGAUCCUGAAGCUCGAGGGGCUCGAGCGAGGGAGACGAGCUGCUCAAUCACAUCUGCAGUUUCGCCCGGAACAGGAGCAGAAGCAGCAGCAGCAGCAGCAGCUGCAGGGGGCGACGGCAGGACGAGAAGCAGCAGGAGUUGUUGGGUUAAAGGGAUACAGACUGAGAGUCUCCCCUUGUACCACUAGGAAGUGACGACUUCGCCCAAGUCCCGGAGAAAAGAAACAAAGUUUGUGUUUGUGAAUUGUUUCCCUUCCCUCCACUCCUUCACACCCUUUGGAGUGGCCCAGACGGAGAUUUUCACCCACCAAGGCACUGAAAAUUUUGGCACCAUGAAUUGGGGAAGGAUAAAAGAGGUGACGCACGGGAUUUGAGAGGCCCUUUAGAAGAACCAGAAGGAACCUUGAGCGACUGACCAAGUCCACCUGGGUCUUCCUCCCUUCUCCCAUUCCCCCCCUUUUCUUCCUUUGGCAACUGGAAAUUAGCAUUCGGCAACCACUGGUCGGGGGAGCCCGUGCUCCAAGGGGCUUUUCCCUGAGGGAUGGGCAGCUGGUGAGCUGGUAUCUCUUGGCCCUGGCAUAGCAAACCACACGAUGAACCUCCAGGCCCAACCCAAGGCCCAGAACAAAAGGAAACGGGUUCCGUUUUUCAGCGACCCAGAAACGGCGACAAAGGAGCAGCAGCAGCUGAAGGAGGGGCAGUAUUAUGGUCACGGUGGGCCGGUUAGCGGCGUCCCUACCUCCCAGCCCACUGAGCUACCCCCUCACAAUACCCUGUCACUGCUGAACUCAGUAGUUUACAGAACAGAGCGGGGUAACCCUCCCAUGCUUUCUCAACCGGUGGCAGCUGUGAAGUGGCCAAAUUCAGUGAUGGGCCGGGUGCCCGAACGGGGUGGGGAUGCAAGCUGGCAGCAGCAGUCCCAGUCCUCUCCCCACCCAUUGUGGAACCAUGCAAUCAGUAUGUAUGGUGGCCAAAAAGGGGCCCCUCACCCUGGGGUUGGGGUCUCGGGUUUCUAUGGCCACCCUGAGACCUUGAAACGAAGCCAGGAGAAAGGGAUCCUGCCACUGGAUCCCUACAAUGAUGCCAUACAGCAGAUGAUGUCCCAAAAGGCACAGCUGGAGCUGGGGAGGCCCCAGGCCCCAGUGAACUCCUUCCACACAGCCAAGAAACCCCCGAGCCAAUUGCCCCUGCAGCCUUUCCAGUUGGCAUUUGGGAACCAGGUGAACCGCCAUGUUUUCCGACAGGCCCCGCCUGGUACCAAUCCAGCUGCCUUUCCCCCACAACAAAAACAACAGGCCCUCCCCCAGAUGCAGCUUUUUGAGAAUUUCUAUCCUCCCCAGCAGCAACCUCCACCUCCACCCCACUCCCAGCAGCCCCAGGACUUCAGCCUUCAGUCAGCUGGCCCCAUGGGUCAGGCUCACCUUGGGGCCCAUCACAAUAUGGUGCCCUGUCCCUUCCCUCCCAAUCCCGAGAUGAACCCAGAGCUCCUGAAGGCCCUUAUGCAGGACCAGUCUACACAACCCGUGCUACCUCAGGCCCAGAUCUCCUUCCCGAGGCGCUCCCGACGGCUCUCCAAGGAAGGGAUCCUACCGCCCUCCUCAUCCACAACUGCCCUGGAUGGUCCCCAACCCCGGGAAGAGAUGUCCAGCAACCUGUUCUUGCAUCACUGGUCACAGCAGCAGCAUGUGCCCCAGGGUAGCCUGGGGCAGCCCCAUCCUGAAACCCUGGGUCAUGAGAAGGGCAGCCACCUCAUGCCCCAGUCAGAGCAAGGUGGGGCAGUUCUUGGUGGUCAACAGCACCUGCCUGAAGGGGAGAGACUGGCCCAGAAUGGCCGGGAGCGGGAGGCCCCUGAAGGCAGUGAUGCUUGGGGAGCCAGUGACUUUGGAGUGGUUCGAGGAGGGGUGAUUCAGAGCACGAGACGGAGGCGGCGGGCUUCCCAGGAGGCCAAUUUGCUAACAUUGGCUCAGAAAGCUGUGGAACUGGCCUCACUCCAGAAUCCAAUGGAUGCUGAAGGCCUAGAGGAGAGGCGGAAGACAGUGGUAGCAUCUGCAGCCAAGAGCGUGGUGGAGUUUGCUGGGCCCUCACCCCCCUCCAAACGGGCACGAGAAGACAGUGGGAUGGUGCCUCUUAUCAUUCCUGUGUCAGUCCCUGUGUGCAGGGUGGAUCUGCCAGAGGUGGCACAGCUGGGGUAUUCAGAUGAGGAAGGGAAAGUCCCUUUGGCCUUAGCGCCUGAUCGGAGCCCCACGGAACACAAACCCUCAGUCAUCGUCACACGAAGGAGAUCUAACCGGAAUCCCGUCGCCGAUGUGCCAGCCCAGGUUGAAGAUGUGGAUCCCAAGGGGGAUGGUGAGGGUUUGGUUCGGAAACCAAAACAGAGGCCUCGACCUGAACCCUUGAUCAUCCCCACCAAGGCAGGCACUUUCAUUGCCCCUCCAGUCUACUCCAACAUUACUCCCUACCAGAGUCACCUCCGCUCUCCUGUCCGCCUGACUGACCACCCAUCUGACAGAAACUUUGAACUUCCCCCCUACACGCCCCCACCUAUACUCAGCCCUGUUCGUGAAGGCUCUGGCCUCUACUUCAAUGCCAUCAUGUCAGCCACUGGCCUCGUCGCCCCUCCCCCCAUCACACCCAAGAGUGCUCACCGUACCCUACUCCGAUCCAACAGUGCUGAAGUCACUCCACCUGUUCUUUCUGUGAUGGGGGAAGUUACGCCUGUCAGCAUUGAGCCUCGAAUCAACGUGGGGACUAGAUUCCAAGCGGAAAUCCCCCCAAUCCGGGACAGGGCCCUGGCAGCUAUGGAUGAACAUAAAGCUGACCUGGUCUGGCAGCCAUGGGGAAAUCUGGAUGCUAGCAGGGAGACUCAAGGGCAAGUGGAAGACCUACUGACCGCUGCCUGUUCUAGUAUCUUUCCUGGGGCUGGAACCAACCAGGAGUUAGCCUUGCAUUGCCUGCAUGAAGCCAAGGGGGACAUCUUGGCAACGCUGACCAAACUGCUGCUGAAAAAGCCACUUCGACCUCCUGAUCACCCACUGGCUAAUUACCACUAUACAGGGUCUGACCAGUGGAAAGUAGCUGAAAAAAAAUUAUUCAAUAAGGGCAUUGCCAUCUACAAGAAGGAUUUCUUCUUGGUGCAGAAGUUGAUUCAGACCAAAACAGUGGCCCAGUGUGUAGAGUUCUACUACACCUACAAGAAGCAGGUGAAGAUUGGGCGAAAUGGGACCCUGACCUUCGGGGAUAUCGAUGCCACCGAUGAAAAGCUGGGUCAGGAGGAAAUGGAAGUGGACGUUAAGAGUUCCCAGAGGUUGACAAGGGUCCAGCCUCCCAGAAGGGAGGCCCCAAGUGAAGAAUGUGCGGUGGCCAAGAAGGAGGCCAAGAAGGAGGACAGGGAAGAGGAAGGGAAGCAGGAAGAGCAAGAAGAGGUGCGGGAGAGGAGUCGGAGGGCAGCAGCUGUCAAAGCUGCCCAGACGAUACAAGCCAAUGAAGCGAUCAAUGAUGUCCUCAUCCUCAGGAGCCAUGAGUCCAGUGCUCCUGGGGUGGCCAGCAGCCGAGCCACGGAAAAGCCUAAGGAGAGCUCCGGGAAAUCUCGAAGAGGUGGACCCAUCACAGAAAAGAAGACCACAGAGACCUUAAGUAAAACCCAGAACCAGGACAGCACAUUUCCUUGUAAAAAAUGUGGCAGGGUAUUCUUCAAGGUAAAGAGUCGCAGCGCCCACAUGAAGAGCCACGCAGAGCAGGAGAAGAAGGCGGCAGCGCUAAAGCAGAAGGAGAAGGAAGCUGCGGCGGCAGCAGCCGCAGCAGCAGCUGCUGCCACCCGCCUCCAGGCCCGACGGGAGAACAGCAACAGUGGCGGUGGUGGUGGUGGUGGCGGCGGCGACGGCGGCGGCAGCAGCAGUGGGAGCUCAGAUGAAGAUGGCGAGGUGUAGCGAGCCAAGGUAGUGGACUGAGCCGGGAAAGCAGUGAGGCUGGUUCUCCCCCACUCUCCCUGUGCUGGGUGAUUUCCCUCUCUGCACCCUCACCCGCCUUGUGGCUGCAGCUGCCUGGCCCAACGGACACUCACCGGGGAGUCAGAAGGGAAUCGUGAAGACUUAAAAAAAUAUGUAACAAAAGACAAGCUUUCAUUUAAUUUAUAAAGGCCCUGGGAACAGUGUUACCUGGGGCAGGACCCAGUUCUCCUUA